AUGCCGCCUCGUAGGAAGGAUAAGGCACCGAGAAGCCAAGAGAUUAGGCCUGCAGUUGGACUGUCUGGGGAGAGUUCUGCAUCUCACCCUGUGGGACAGGGAGGUUUGCCACAGCCAGUGAUGCCUGUAGGGGAAGAUGAGACAAAAAGACGUCUCAAACUUAUCUCCACAUUUGUCAAACUCAUGCCUACAUUGUUUAAGGGUGGGACUGACCCGUUGUUGGUAGAUGAUUGGUUUGACCAGGUGGAAAAGCAUAUUGAUGCUCUGGCAGUUGAAAAUGAUUCUGUGAAGAUUCUGUUGGCUACCUACAACUUUACUAGGGAUGCCAAAUUGUGGUGGAAGUCAGUGUCUAACGGAAUGGAAGUGAAGACAUUAUCAUGGGAUGCUUACAAAGAGUUAUUUUACAAUAAGUUCUUUCGUGCGACUAAAAGAUGGGAGCUACACAAGGAGUUUAUCUCUCUGUUCCAGAACAAUUCUAUGACAGUGACAGACUAUAAGAAUAAAUUCACUUCUCUUUCUCGUUUUGCUCCAGAGAUUGUAAGUAAGGAAUCAGAUAAAGUCCAUAAACUCGGGAUCAGUGGAAGCAAAGACGAGCCAGUGGUUCAGGGGCUGAGGGUCAGUCUAGCAAGAGGCAUAAAGGGAGUUCAUCUAAGUCUGGAGGACAGCAGUCAGGCUGACCUAUUCCUUCGACUUCUGUACCAUCAGGAGCAGUCAUUUUCUACGAGAGCUUGCUUUGGAUAUGGUCAGCUGGGCCACAGGGUUAGAGACUGUCCAAGGAAGACUGGUGGCUCAGGCAGAGGUUCUAGUAGUGGUCGUGUCAGUGGUUCCUUGGUUGUGAGCAGAGUGGUGCAGGAUUGUGCCAUUGUGAUUGCUGGGUGGACUCAGGUUUUUUAUCUUAUCCUUCUUAAGAUGACAGGGUUUGACGUCAUUCUUAGUAUGGAUUGGUUAUCAUCAUUUCAUGCCACCAUUGAUUGCUUCAAUGGUAGAGUUUCAGUGUGUAUGCCGGAGGGAGAUUGUUUUGUGUUUGUGGGAGAUCGGGGUGAUUCCUUGGUUUCUGCUUGUUAUGGUGUUCAUGGUUGGGACCGUUGUGAUUUUUUCUUAGCUAGCAUUUUAGCUGAAGAAGAUGGUGAUGUGGAGACAGUUUAUCCGUCAGUUGUUUGUGAGUUCUUGGAUGUGAUUCUGGAUGACUUACCGGAUUUACCUCCUAGAAGAAAGGUUGAGUUUGUGAUUGACUUGAUGCCUGGUACUGCACCGAUUUCUUUGGCUCCGUAUCGUAUGGCACCAGCAGAGCUGGAGGAAUUAUAG